AUGGGUGGUCAAGAAGGAAGUCCCUCGAAAUCGCUGAGUUCGCCAAAAGACAAAGGCAAAGGAAAGAAGAGGCGGCGUGAGGGCGCGCCGUCGUCGAGCAAGGGCGCGAAAGGCGAGGGUAACGGUCGGACAACAACCGCCGCAAGGGGGGCAGAGGCCUUGGAGUGUUACCCAAUGAUAAUGAAAUGUGCAUGUGAACAAAAGCAUGUGCAGUGCUUUGAGCAUGCAAAAGGAGCGGCCAGCAGGUGCGUUUUCAGUAAAACUGAUGGAGUCUUGGGCAAGAUUGCCCGAGACAGUUGGUGCCUUCGCGUAUCUCGUCAAUCCAACGAAGAACAAGAUCGCGAUGCAUCUCUCGAUAUGUACUGCCAUUUCGCUUGUUGUGACCCGUUCGUGUACGGCUUGUGGUUACACUCUAUCGACGGGGCGAAAUGGUACUCCCGGCGUGAAUUCGACGAACACUUUUCAAAGUUUCCAGGAUACAAAACCUUCGUGGAGGACCUGGUCCGCAACAAAUGGAGUUCACAUGAAAUUAGUGGCCUAAAAAAUUACUGGUACGGGUUGAUCGAGCACAGUGCCAAUAAAGGCGAUUUACCGACGAACCAGGAACGUGCGGACAUUGUGGGCUACAAGCGCACGUGCGGCAUGGAUACGAAUAAAAGAGUGCUCAUGAAGAAGCGCGCGUCGGAGUCGCAGUCUGCGGCGUCUGCUUGGGCAGAAGGAGAAGAGGACGAAGAUGAGGAAGAAAAUGAAAGCGCCAGUGAAGGCACUGAUGAAGAUGAGGAAGAAUUUUAA